AUCGCUGGCUGCCAUGUCUUCUUUGUUGCAAAUUCUGCAGAACCCAGAAAACAAGAUGAAAAAAAAUAGGAAAAAAGUUGUAAAUGUAAGAUUUGCAGAAGACAGAAAAGCUGAAAUUAACACCGAACGUGAGAAUUUUGUUGACUUGAGAACUAGCAAUGAAUCCAGUAAUGUUAUUCAUGAAAUUCAUGGAAAACAUGUUUUUCCUCUACAGAAUGAAUCUUUAGAAGCUUUAGUUUGUAAACUUGCAGUAUUAAGUAUAGGGUACACCAGUCAACAGACAUCUGACCAACACUUAAAGUUCCUCUCUGCUCUGCUCAGCAACUUUGCUUCUCGUAAAGUUUUCCAGGUGCUUGUAGAAGAAAGAAACGAUGUUCAAUAUGAAAAUCCAUCUAUUCAGUUUCUGCAUGAAAAGUUAAUUGUUUGGCUGAAAGAAGAUUGGAGAAAAGAGACAGACUUCCUGGUUGAUAUUUUAUAUAGCAUUCUCCAUUGCUGCAGCAGUCCCAUAGAGAGGGAAAAUAUUCUCAAUGAUUUAACAAAGAUGAAUCUAAAAUGGAGUAUUCUUCUUCAAAUAAUCCAAAAG